GUCAACUUCCAAGAAAACGUUUGAAGAUAUUUUAAAAGCAGAUCGAAGUACGAAAUGGCGGUAAAUACCCCGCCUCAUAUAUCAGCGAGAGUUUAUUAUGGAUUACGUACAGAUAUUCAAUACAAUGCACACUACCUAACUGAUUCGGAGAUUAUUUAUCCUGCUGGCGGUGUUAUUGUAAUUCAUAAUCAUCUUCAGAAGAAACAAAAGUUUAUCCGUUUGCAAGAUAAACAUAAACCGAUUAAGUCAUUGGUAUUAGCGCCGAAUAGGAGAUGGCUGGCUCUUAAUGAAAUAGCCGAAGAGGGACAAAAGCCUUACAUAACAAUUUAUGAUCUAACAACUUAUAAGCGACGCAAGAUACUAACCGUUCCGUUCGAAAACUCCACAGCCAGGGAAUUUGCAUGUGUUCAGUUUACGUUUGAUUCUAAAUACCUAGUCGCGAUAACAGGAGAGCCAGAUUGGUAUUUGUAUUAUUAUAACUGGGAUAAAGGGAAAGUUGAGAGUCACGCUAAGGCGCAGAAUCCUAGCGGGCAAGGUAUUGUUGAGAGUGUACAAUGUAAUCCGGCUGAUGCGACUCUUGUUGUUAUAACUGGUCCUUACACAUUUCGUAUUAUGAACGUUGCUGAAACAGUUUGGCGACAAUGGGGUUGGUGUAAGGCAGAGAAUAUUGUUAUAACAAGUUGUAUGUGGUUAACACCGGAUCGCAUAAUGUUUGGUACGGACACCGGGACUAUAAUGCUAGUGGAAAAUGGCGAAUUGAGACAAAAUUGCAUCUUCCGGGCAUCGGAAGUUAUGGAAAUGUCGCUUAAAAAGGUGGAGGCUGAUGCCGAGGAAGGUGACAAGGCCAGUGUAUCGAGUAAACAAGACGCGAGCAGUGAACAGAGCUCCACAGACAAUUCAAGCCACCCUGUCACUUGCUUUGUUAAUUUUCCUAAAGGAUUCGUUUACGCGUGUGGCCAGGGCUAUGUCCACAUGUUUGAGAAGGAAACUCCUCAUCAUUGGAGAAAGAGGAACCUCUUCCGAAUAUCCAGGAAUUCCUAUAAACACACUCGAGAGCAUCCAAUAUGGUCGCCACUUGACGCCAUUCAACACAUCACAGUAGAUCCUAAUCAAGAAACACUGCUUAUCACAACGCUAAGAAUUCAACUAUAUUACGUUAAGUUGUUUGGGCUGCAUAUGUUACAGCAUCCAGAGCUACCAUUCAUAGAGCUCGGUCCAGCGAUGCAUUACGGACGAAUUAAUUCAUUGUCAAUGUGCGCCUGGAAGCCAAUUUUCAUGACGUCUGGAGAGCAGGACAAAAGUAUACGCAUCUGGAACUAUAUGACUGAUGAUGUGGAAUUGAUAAAGCUGUAUCAAGAAGAGAUUCAUUGUGUUUCUUUACAUCCUACAGGUCUAUUUGCAAUAGUGGGAUUCUCUGACAAACUAAGAUAUAUGGUGGUUUUAAUUGACGAUUUCGAAGUAGUUAGAGAAUUUCCGAUACGAAAUUGUAAGCGCGCUAAGUUCAGCACCAACGGCCAUCUUUUUGCCGCUGUCAACGUUCAAAUUAUUCAAGUCUUUUCUUCGGUAUCCUUUCAAAAUGUGUACAACUUAAAAGGACAUAAUGGGAAGGUUACAGGUCUUGCGUGGUCAGCAAACGAUUUGACCCUUGUCUCUUGCGGUUCCGAAGGAGCUGUCUAUGAGUGGAAUAUGUCAAAUGGUCAACGAGUUGGAGAGGUUAUACUAAAGACAAACCAAUUCAGCGCAUGCGCCGUAAACAAUAACGGAAAAACUACAUACGCGGUUGGCAGUGAUGGAGAGCUCAAAGAAAUUGGGGCGAAUACUAUAAGACGAAACCUAACUCUCAUAGGAUGCGGUCUCGACACCAUCAUUCUUUCACGCUCUGACCUGAUGCUAUUCAUAACUGGGGGAGCGGGAGGUGUGACCGCCGUUCAACUGCCACUUCUAGACAAAGCUAUAUUUAAUGAGUAUCACAUGCAUAAUAAGAAAAUAACAGGGGCUACUUUGUCUUACGAUGACCAGACAUUGGUGUCGGUGGCUGAAGAUUCGUCAAUAUGUGUAUGGAGAUUAACAAAUGCAGAUGGUAGAGCAAUUGCGUUGGACAAAGAUUUUGCCUACUCGAAAGAGAUUUUGAUUAGCAAAAAGGAUUUGCAAGAGAAGAUUAAUAGUAUUAAUUUGCUCAGUACACGAAUGAGUGAACUGGAAACUGAACAUACAUAUCAACUGCGGCAAGCUGAAGCUACUCAAGCAGAAAAGCUAAAAGAAGUCCAUGAAGGCUAUUGUGCGGCUAUUGAGGAGCUAAAAGAGAAAAACGAGCAAAUGGAAAAUGAACACACACACGAAAUCGGUAUGAUACAACAAGAUAUUGCCAAGCUGCGUUCAGGCCACGAGAGGACUUUGCAAGCCUUGGAAGCGGACUUUAACAUAAGACUAAUAAGCGAAUAUGAUAGAUAUCAGAGCCUAGAGGAUAAGACAGCAAGAAUGCGAAAAGAUUACGAAGAACGACUUGAACAAUUAGCUGAAAGUAAACGUCAGGCGCUUCGGGAAAUCAACAACAUGUUCGAAGCAAAGUUAGAAGAGAAGGACUUGCUUUUACAAGAGUUACAAGAGCAAACGGACAUGGAAAAAAAGGAACACGAAACGAUCAAAGGUUCUAUAGAAGAGGAUGCUGAUCGUGAAAUUAUAGAAAUAAGAACCGCAUAUGAAGUGCAACUGAAAGAGGAGAAAGAUGCUAAUGUGCGUCUUAAAGGGGAGACAGGGCUUAUGAAAAAAAAGUUAAUCACUGCUCAUAAGGAAAUCGAUGACUUUAAACACCAAGUGUUGCAGCUUAAAGCUGAACAUAAGCAGUUUCAAAAAGUAAUAUCGACGUUGGAAAGAGAUGUUGCGGAUUUAAAGAAAGAAAUAGCAGAGAGGGACAGUACAAUACAGGACAAAGAAAAGAGAAUCUACGAAUUAAAACGGAAAAAGCAAGAAUUGGAAAAAUACAAAUUUGUCUUGAACUUUAAGAUUACCGAACUUAAAAAUCAGAUUGCCCCGUUAGAACGCGAGAUCAAAGAGAAAAAGAUGCGUAUUCUAGAUUUGGAGGUGUCGUUAGAAACACUUUUAAAGCAAAAGGACUUUCGCGAACUCAAGAUCUCUCAAUUAAACGAAAAGUUAACAUCAGCUAAAAAGGACUUCACAACUGAGGCUGAAAGAAAUUUGACAUUAAAGAAUACCCUCAAAAAAAUAAAAAUAGAUCUCCAUAAUAUGACUGCCAAUUUUCAAGAUCCUAUGAAAUUGAAAUUAAGUGUGAAGGAAUUGUUCCAAAAAUAUGUAGAGGACAUAGACUUCGUGCGUAGUCGCAUGGCUGAAGAUGAAGCGAUACGUGAAUUUAAUAGACAACGAGAUCAUUUAGAAAAGCAAGUUGCUGCGCUUAAAAUGCAGCUGUCUAAAUCUCUAGAUGGCUCUAAAAGCGAUAUUGGAAGGAUAAUGGACGAAAACUGUACCCUACUCACGGAAAUAAACAACUUACGUACGGAACUGAAAUCGACGCGGACGCGAUGUUUUCAAAUGGAAUCUAUAUUGGGAUUGUCUGCGAGGUACAUUCCUCCUGCCACUGCUCGAUCCAAACUAAAGCAUGUUACAGAAGAUAGGGAGAAACUGGAUGAUAGAUUCAAACAGAAAAUCGAGGAGAGAGAAGAAAUUAUUGUUGCUUUAAAAGAAGAAAAUGAACGAUUACUUGGGAAAAUGCGAUGCUUAGAUGAUGAUAUGCAGAAAGAUGCGGAAGCCGGCGCUCAAGGGGAUUCAGUAAAUUGAGUAUUUAAUUUUAAUUAUUGUUUUUAAUCAUUUGAUUAAAUGAAACAAAUUACGUUUGU